UGACCUCAGCAAGCAAGCAAACAAAGCAAAGCAAAGAAUCUUGAAAUAUUUACCUAAUCUUUGUGUUUCCCUCUUCAAGAAUCCCACCCAACAAUAACAUGGCUUUUAGAUCAAUGGGUUAUUGGAAAUCAAUAACAAGUCGCUUAAGUGGAACAGCAACCUAUGCAACCUCAACCCCGCCAAAACUGAAAUCAUACGCACCAACAGCUGAUCAGUUUGGACAUCACUAUCAUCAAGAAAGCAAGCAUGGCAAGAAGGUGAGAGGUGACUUUGUGCCAGUUUAUGUGGCAAUAGGGAUGAUAGCUGUAUCAAUAUCACUUGGUCUUUACACUGCCAAGCAACAAGUACUGUAUGCACCUAAUGUUCGCGUAAGGAAGAAGACCAGAGAGACCAUACCUGAAGUGGUUGAUCCAGAUAAAGUGGUGGACGAAGCUGACAAGUUCAUAAAGAAAUCAUUUUUCAGGAAAGUAGCACAUGUUCAAGAGUUUGAUCAUAAUGGACUUGAGUAUUUGCCCGAUCCUGUUCGUAAAGAAGUUUUUGCACAUAAGCCUCGUGCUGAGACACUUAAAGAUGUAGGGGUCGAUCCUAAACUACAGCUUUGAGCUGCUAUGGAGUACGCAUCUCUUCUUUGGAAAGAUGGGAUUUACCCUUUUUUAGCUUAGGAGGGAGGCUCGAGGACCUCUUUGCUUAAUCAGCCAGUGUGAUUGUAAAUAGU